UAAAUUGGCCAAUCGUUAUAGAAAAUGAAUCUCUCGUUCAUUGUCCUUGAAGCGACACAAUAGAUUGAAAUAUAUUAUCAGAUUUAAUUAAACGACCUCAAGGUUAAUCUUCAUUCAUUUGUAGUUACUGACACUUUCAACCUGCGUGUGUCAUUGCAAAACUGGCUCCACGUUUAAUCAGUCUGUACAGCAAGUUUUAUUCAUGCCCCGGUCAUUUGAUCGACCGUGUUUACAACGUGUUGUAGUUUAGAAACCACUCUGCAGUAGCACACGUCACGUGCACAGUCUUUUUUAACACAAAAAGCUUUCAAAUUUGAGCCAAAUUAUACAAACCAAUCAUUAAUUUAUAGUAAUACGAGGGCAGCUGACAAAUUUUAGUUUAGUCGUGUAACUUUUUAAACAGUACAGACACAUUGUCCUCUGAAAAGAUAUUUGGAUAUUGCGAUUCUUUGGAUAUAUAUACUCCGGGUAAUUUAUCUUAGUGCAAAUUGUACCUAAAUUAGCUCUGCACAAUGUUCAUUGUUAGCAAAGCUGUAUGUUCUGGACUUACAAGGUCUAGAGAUAAAGAUGAGUACAAAUGAAUGACAGCUGCAUCUUGAGGUCGUUUUAUUUACUUUGAGUCUAAAUAUAUUCAUUCUAUUCUUUAUGUCUGUGUUUCUUUAUUUUCAGUGAGGGCAUUGAGGUUGGAUUUGAGUUAAUUAAGUGACUGAUUUGUUCACAUUCAGUGGUUUGAUAUACACUUCGUUAAGGAAAGGUUAGGUAAAUGCAUUUGGGCAGAAAUCAUAUUGGCCCCUUCGACAAGACCAUUUCUUUAUGAUAAAUUAAAUAGUGAAUUAAACAUUAGGGGAAUCUUUUUAUGACGGCUGAUAAUGUUCUGUUGUAUGUUGCGGAGAUGUACAUCAGUAUGCACCUUUUUCUGUUUAUCUGCGGCAGACAGCCUUGUGUGUCUGUCCGGCAAAGCCAGAGAUGUGUUCAUAUACUUACCUUUCAGGUUGAGCUGCAGUUUUAAAAAUGAUUGCACCUUCCUUUUAUGCUUCGGACAGUUGUAUCUCCUAAUCUUUAUUACGAUACAAAAAGUGCAUAUGGGACCACUGAAAGUGAAAUAUGCGUGAAACUGAACAUUUGCAAGCAUUCCCAUUCAUGUCAUAAAAUCAUAUUUACAUAUUAAAAUUUGAAUGAGCGUGUCGUUUUAAUUGUAGUCAUAUUCUUCACCCUUUUCUUUUCCAUUAAGGUUAAGGUGGUACGAAGAAAAUGCAGAAGAAGGCUCAUGUCCACUUUAUUUUCAAUAAUAUGAAGCUCACAUGUGUGAAGCUGAAUUGUUGAAUGCAUGCUAAAACAUGAGGAGGAAAGAAGUAUUGGCAAUGUGUGAGAAGGGGAAGUCAGAAGAUGAGUCUCGCUCUGCUUCCCGGAGCUUGAGUCCACGAGGCUCUGGGAAGUCAGAGAGCCGCUCCCAAGCUCGUUCACCUGCUCACUCAAGAGAUGGCUCCCACCACUCCCGCUCUAAAUCUUGGUCUCGCUCUAGGUCUAAAUCAGGCUCCCAUUCCCACCGUGGCUCACGCAGACACUACAGCCGAUCUCGCUCCCGCUCUAGAUCCUAUCAUCGCCGAUCUCACAGUAGGUCCUACAGCGGAGAGCGUCGACGCAGAAGCCACAGUCACUCGCCAAUGUCCAAUCGCCGCAGGCACAUCGGGAACCGUGGCAAUCCAGACCCAAACUGUUGCCUGGGAGUGUUUGGCCUGAGCCUAUACACAACAGAGAGGGAUCUGAGGGACGUCUUCUCUAAAUAUGGCCCAUUGUCAGAUGUCUCUAUUGUGUACGACCAGCAGUCGAGACGCUCAAGGGGCUUCGCUUUUGUAUACUUUGAAAACACAGAUGAUGCUAAAGAGGCAAAGGAGCGAGCCAAUGGGAUGGAGCUGGAUGGCCGCAGAAUCAGGGUGGAUUUUUCUAUCACAAAAAGACCUCAUACCCCAACGCCUGGAAUCUACAUGGGGAGGCCCACAUAUGGUGGAGGUGGUCCCAGUGGUCCUCGACGCCACUCGCGUGACUAUGAUCGUAACUAUGAUCGCGGAUAUGAAAGAGAUGGCUAUGAUCGCUAUGAUGACAGGGGUUACUACAGAUCAUAUAGACGACGAUCUCCGUCUCCAUACUACAAGACAGCAUACAGGUCUCGGUCAAGAUCCCGGUCUUAUUCUCCCCGGCGAUAUUGAUCUUUUUUGGCUGGCAGGAAUCUCUUCACUUUUCAAGGACAAACAGGAAAUACAUCUGAGAGACAUGAUUGACUUUGCAGUGGAUUUUCAUUCUUAAACAAAUAGUUUGAUUUCUCUGAACUGGCAUUGUAUGAGCACUUAGCAACUGAUGAAGUAGCCUGAGAGCAGCAGGCCUGCAGUGUAUUUCAGUAAACAGGAUCAGCAGCAAAGUAAUUAAAAACAUAUAUGUUUAUGUGUACUCUGUAUUUAGAGCAUAAUAUAUGUAUUAUCCGCCACUGAAACAGUUAUCUUCUUAUGUUCACGUAAAAAAAGAUGUCCUUAAUAAACUUCCAGUGUUCCUCUUUAGGGAUUUAAACAGAUCAAUGGUGGCUCAGUGGCUCUUUCUUUUUCUGGCUGACAGGUGUAUCAGUUGUGCAUCAACUUUGACCCUGCAUUUCCUCCUCUGUACUUGUACAUGAAGGUGCAUCCGAUAUUCUUCGAAGCAAACUUUAAAAAGCACUAAGAAAAACAUUUUUCUAAACAGAACAUAGGAGUUGCUUAUCUACCACUGCCUCAGUUUGUUUAUGUUGUUUUUGGUGUUAAAUAACCCUUUGAAACACCAGCGUUUGGUGGGGGGUUAAUGGUGGAUUUCCCCAACUCCUGUAUUCUGCAGGUGCAGUUACUUUCUGGUGGUUUUAAAGACUGAAUGCAUGGACAGCAUCGGUUUUCCUGGCAGUGUGCUGCUUGUAAUCUGUUAAUAAUUAAAUUCUGGUUAGUAGUUGACAGUGAACCUGAAACUGUGCCACUUUAAAGAAACCAGACUAUUCCUUUGAGGUGAUAAUCACAUUUCAGUUUGCUUAUUUACAUGAUCCAUAAAAGUAGAUUGAUCAGUUGUGAAGCAGUCCCAUCAUUGUUUUGUUUUUAAUUUUUAAUAUCUGGGCGAGAUCUGUGUUGUGCUGUAUAUUAAGUUAUGUUUUUUUUUGUUGUGUACAAAUGGUGUGUAAAUUCAUCCUUGAAUGGAUUAAAGGGGAGCUGUUUUUUUUCCA